AUGUCAACACGGAGUGGGCAUCACAGUAAGGAACAGCCUGCUGAAUACAGCAGCAACAGUUCCAAGAGACUCCUUACUCACUGCCUAAACACCACUGCAGGCCCUGUCACCCUCGUCAGCAUGUAUGCCUCAACACUCUCUGCCACAUCAGACACCAAGGACGAGUUUUAUGACAAGCUGGCAACCAGCAUCAGCAGUAUUCUCAGAAAGGAACAACUUGUUAUCUUAGUAUACAAGCGGUCACCCAGCAAGAGAAACCUGCAGAUCCUCCAAGCUACCAAUGAGUACUGGACAGAGCUUAGCAAAACCAUCCAGACAACAGCAAUUACAGGGAAUAUAAGAGGGAUGUAUGAUGAAAUUAAAACAGCAAUGGGACCAGUGCAGAACAAGACGGCUCCCCUCAAAUCCACCACUGGGGAAGUCAUCGUCGACAAGGGGCAACAGAUGGAGAGAUGGGUGGAACACUAUUCCGAACCCUACUCCAGGCAGAAUGUUGUGACAACCACAGCCCUUGAUGUCAUUGAGUGCCUGCUGGUCAUAGAGGACCUCGAUACCAAACCGACCACAGAGAAGCUUAGCAAGGCCAUUGACAGCUUGGCCUCAGGGAAGGUCCCUGGCAGUGACGGGAUUCCCCCUGACCUGAUUGGGCACUGCAAGAUUGUCUUACUACUCCCAUUACAUGAGAUCCUCUACCAGUGCUGGAUAGAAGGGGCUGUACCUCAGGACGAGAUCAUCACCCUCUACAAGAACAAGGGCGAGCGAAGCGACUGCAACAACUACAGAGGUAUCUUACUACUCAGCAUUGUGGGCAAAGUCUUUGCUCGGGUCAUCUUGGUCCCCCUCUGCAGAAACUCUACCCAGAGUCACAGUGUGAUUUCCAAGCUGAAAGAUCAACAAUAG